CUUGCUUCACUGGCCACAGAAGUCAGUAAGAUUCCAACUUCUCUUUUCAACUUAAAAGACACGUCAAAUCACGAAAAGGAAUGUUUGUGGUGAACUGAUUUUGUUUCCUACCUCAUUUCUAUAUAAAAUCUUCUUCGUUGUGAAGGAGAACGUCUUCUUCAGGGAAAGCCUACUCUCUCCCUACAGCAUCAUGACUCUCAUCUCUCUGCUUCUGCUGGCUGCUCUGCUGCCAUACCUGGGCCACUCUGCCAGUGUUAAUGUUGGUAUAGUGAAUGGCACAGAGGCUAGACCUCACUCCAGACCCUACAUGGUCUCCCUCCAGGCUGGUGGACGACACUUGUGUGGCGGCUUUCUUAUAUCUGACCGAUUUGUCAUGACGGCUGCGCACUGCUAUAGAAACCGACCAACGUUUACAGCAGUGCUGGGUGCUCAUGAUGUGUCAAACAGCAGAGAAGGCUCCAUCCGCAUGAAAGUGGCAGCUUACUACCCCCAUCAGCAGUUUAAUGCAUAUACUGCAGACUACGACAUCAUGCUUUUAAAGUUGCAUGCAAGAGUCACAAUGACUGCCACUAUGAACUGGAUCUCCAUCCCUCAAAGAGAUGAGGACAUCCCGGCCAACACGGUCUGCAGUGUAGCUGGCUGGGGACGCACAGGAGCCUUUAGACCCCCAGCUAACCGUCUUCUGGAGACACAAACCACGAUCAUAGACAGGAGUAGCUGUGCUCACCAUUGGAGUUUAACCCAAAGGAUGGUGUGUGCGCGUUAUCCUGGAGGAUCUUGUCGGGGAGACUCUGGAGGUCCUUUGGUGUGUAAUAAUGUUGCAGUGGGUAUUGUUUCUUUUGGUGAGCAGCGCUGUGAUUCACCAAGAAAGCCAAAUGUUUAUGCCAGAAUUUCCGCCUUCCUGCCCUGGAUCAGGUCCAUUAUCGCAAGAGGGUAGUCUGCAAAAGAACCAAAAAGGAAGCACUCAGCUUCUUUGAUUUCAAUUAAAGCAUUU